AUGGACUACUAUCAAUGCGCGAAAAUCGAUUUGCACCACGAACUCACGCGGCGAGGAUUACAGGCUUAUGGCGACCAAGACGAGGCCGCCGAGCGCUUGAAGAAAGACGACGACCAGCACGGCAGCUUGUCUACAACGGUAGACAUUCUUGACGGAAUAUCGAACGCGGUGACGUGGAAAGUGAGCCCUGAAUAUGGCAAGACGUGCCCAGCGAGCAUGGUUGUCAACGAACACAUAGUACACUGGACGAUGAACACUUUCUUCCCUGCUCUUCAGCUAUUCUUUGCGUCCGGGCUCUCUUGUAACAUUGAAGGAAGUCAACUCCCCGACGCCUUUGUCGGCCUCGAUCCCGCACUUCGAUACCGUCUUACCGAUCUUACGCACGAAGAAGAUGGCCGACUGACAAACACUAUCGUGCCUAAGCGGACUGCAGCAAAAGCCCCAUCCAUUCUUAUUCUGGAAGCCACAGUAGCAUGCCGGAAGAGUAUCGCGGUCAAGGAGACUCAUCAAAUGGCAUCAGCCCGACCGAUCACAACCAUCGCGCAAGAGGAACACAUUGUUGUAGGACUACGGCUUGAGGGUAUGGCGAGCAUGGGCUACAUAUGGGCAAAACUGCCACAAGCUACUGUUAAAGUAGCUGGUCGCAUGUGGGGCCACGUACGCAUUGCGGGCUUAAAGGACGACGUUCCUGUCCCCUUCGUACGAUUUCCCCAAACAGGUGUCAAACCAGGAGGAGAAGCGACGGUGGUGUUGAAGGAGAGCAUGGUCGACCCCAGGCUUAGAGGACGCCCGGUCAUAUGA